AUGGUCUCUUGUCCUUCUCAUGUCAAGCUAAUUGGGUCUAAGUGGGUUUUUUCUGUGAAACUUCGGCCUGAUAGGUCUGUGGACCGUUAUAAGGCUCGUUUGGUUGCCCUUGGUAACCGCCAGGAGUACGGGGUUGACUAUGAGGAGACCUUUGCUCCUGUUGCUAAAAUGACAAUUGUGUGUACUAUUAUUGCCAUCGCAGCCUCUCAGGGAUGGUCCCUUUGCCAAAUGGCUGUGAAGAAUGCAUUUCUUCACAGUGAUUUACAGGAAAAUGUUUACAUGACACCUCCUCCUGGCCUCUGCUCGUCAUCAACGUCGAAUGUGUUUUAUGUCGACGACAUUGUCAUCACUGGGACUGAUUCUGCCCUCAUUGAUCAACUCAAGCAACAUCUUCAUGAUUUAUUCCAUGUAAAGGAUCUUGGUUCUCUUCGGUAUUUCCUCAGUUUGGAGGUUCAGUCCGAUUCCUCUGGGGUUUUCCUGCAUCAGCAUAAAUACACGGAGGACUUGAUUUCCUUGUCUGGUUGGCAGGACUCCUCUUCAGUGGGUACCCCUUUGGAAGUGAAUGUCAAGUAUCGACGUGAGGAGGGGGAUCUCCUUCCUGAUCCCAUGGUGUUUCGACAGUUAGUUGGUAGUCUCAAUUAUCUCACUAUUACAUGGCCUGACAUCUCAUUUGUUGUCCAGCAAGUCAGUCAAUUUCUGCAGUCUCCUCGCCACCUUCAUCUUGCCGCAGUCCUUCGAAUUAUUCGAUAUCUCCGGGGUCCCUCUCACCGUGGCUUGUUCUUCUCUACUGGUACUCCUCUUCGCCUUAUGGCUUUUAGUGAUGCUGAUUGGGCAGGAUGUCCUGAUACUCGCCGGUCUGUCACCGAGUGGUAUAUGUUUCUUGGUGAUUCACUUAUCUCUUGGAAGAAACAAAAACAAAAACAAAUGGGUUUGCAGGUGGGGCAUUGUAUGUUUGGGGGUAGCUUUUGUGUUUUAGUUCUCGGAUGA